UUUCUUUUGUAUAGAGAAACUAAAAGGCUUAAGGGAGAAAAAGAAAACAUUUGGAGGAUUCAAGUAUAUUGGGUACAACAAACAAAUAAGAGAUUUUCGACGUGGAUCCUAUCAAUCAAAGAACCAUCAGAAAUUGUGGUACCGUCACCAUCGUCUGGCGGCCAUGCAGAUAUAAUCCAGAAGCUGAAUGCUAUUGAGACCCGUCUCACUGCCAUUGAGAAGUCCCUAACAGACAAAAUGCCAGAGAAGGCCGAGGUGCAGGCGCAAAGUAAAUUAUUGCGCGAAUGCCGCGUCAUAGCGGCAAAGACGCACCAUUCAAUUAGCCGCAUCACCGGUGAUUUGGAGGACGAGCAUUACGUGGAGCUCGCUUCGAAACUGCCCAUGUCGUCGGAAGAGCACGUGCGCUUCGUGGAAGACAUACUUUCCCAAAAGGAAAGCACGGAUGCUAUGAUGCGGCUAAUAUUGAAAUCAAAGGGCGCAAAAGGCAGUGUGGACGGCGUACUUCGUGGUUUGUUUUCAGACGAUGUAAUGUACCAUUACAAUUUAGAGGGGCGCAAGGAGAAGAAACCCCUACUAAAACUAAAGUGCGUAGGGUUAGUUUUUGAUAUAUUUCCUGACAAGGAUAAAAGCAGUAUAUGUGGGGAGCUCCGGAGAUUUGUGGCCUUACGCCACCAUCGUUUUAAACAGAAGAAACAUAAACUAAGGGCUAAACUAAUAUAAGUUUUAUUAUUAUUACUUAUAUAUAUUAGUUUUAAAUUGUAAAUAUUAGUUUUAAGUUGUACACAUUAGUUUUAAGUUGUAAAUAUUAGUUUUAAGUUGUACAUAUUAGUUUUAAGUUGUAAAUAUUAGUUUUAAGUUGUAAAUAUUAGUUUUAAGUUGUACAUAUUAGUUUUAAGUUGUAUAUAUUAGUUCUAAGUUGAAGUGUCUAAUUUUACUUUUAAAAAUAUGAAUUUUUACAAUUAUAAUUUUUGUACUCAAAUAACUUGUAUAUAAUUUUUCUGCCGAAUGCAAUAAUAAUAGGCAUAUUAUUAAUUUAAUUAAUAUCUGAUUUUGAUUUUAUUAUUAAAUAAAGCAAAAUAAUUUAAAAAAAUGACUUUUAUUUAAAAUAAUUGAAUUUGCUAGAAGUAACAAAUGGGUAACAGAAAUGCUUGUUCCUGCUAACAUGAUUACAUGUUAAAGGUAACAAACUGAUAACCAAAAUAAUAACACUAACAGAUAUUCGGGUAACA